AUGGAGCAGCAGAACAAUAUUUUUGAUAUUGAGCUUUUGUCAUUAUGUCGCCGUCUUGAAAGCAAAUUGGUCGAUAAAUCUCCAAUGUUUGCAAAAAUAGUACAACCAAGUGAAGAUGACCCUUUGUUUAAAAUGCCUUGGUUGUCAAAAAUUCUAAUGACAGAGUUACUGUUACUUGAGAAUCAACUUCCAUGGUUUGUCUUGCACAGGUUAUUUGAUCUCACAAAGGUGGAUCACGGCGCAGAAACUCGCUCUCUUGUUGAGCUUCGAAAUAUAAUUCUUUCUGGAAGUGAUGAUGCUGGGGGAGAUUUUUUGCGAAUUCCUUGUGUAACUGACCUUCUGAAAGCUGGUAUUGACUUCACCGUUGGAGAAAAGACGGAACUAGUGAAGAUCAUAUUCGAAAAUGGAAUCUUGACAAUUCCACCAUUAGUAAUUUUAGAGAAUGCAGAAUCUUUAUAUGGCAACCUUAUUGCAUAUGAGCAAGUUAUGCGCAACCUUAUUGCAUAUGAGCAAUGUGACAGAAGUCUAAGAGAUAGAAUUACAGGUUAUGCUGCAUUUUUAGACAAUCUUAUCAAGUCAAGUGAAGAUCUUGAGUAUCUCAAGAAAAAAGGAAUUGUAUAUUUUUAUUUGAGUGCAGAGGAUAUAUCUAGUUUCUUCAACAGACUCUACAAAGAUGCUGAUCUUGUAAAUUACACUUACAGAAAGAUUUCAGAAGACGUCAAUGCAUACUGUGAAUCUCUUUGGCCUCGAUGGCGAACAAUGCUAUUGAGAGAUUACUUCAACAAUCCUUGGUCAACUAUGGCUUUUUUUUUUUGCGCCACUGUAAUUUUAGUUCUCACCUUCUUACAAACACUUUAUGCCAUGCUUUAUCACUAA